GUUUCCUUGGGGACGUGGCGCCGCAGGCGCAGGCCUUUUUCCGGCUGAGCUACAGAUUGCGGGUGUUCUUGGUGGACAGAGCCGAGAGGCGCUGGAGGGGCCACCGGGCCGCUCGACCCGUGAGAGCGCAGGAAAUGCCUGGGACAAGGAGACCACCUUCUCAGGUCAAAAGGAAAAGGAGGUGACAGGCGGGACCACUGAAGGGAACCCAUGGCUAGGAUCAGUUUUUCCUACCUCUGCCCAGCCUCCUGGUACUUUACUGUGCCCACGGUGAGCCCAUUUCCUCGUCAGCGGGCGGCAUUCCUAGGACUCUUCUGCAUAUCCUGUCUCCUUUUGCUUAUUUUAAUCGUGGACUUUCGACAUUGGGGUGCUUCGUUACCACGAGAUAGGCAAUAUGAAAGGUAUCUGGCUCGAGUAGGGGAUCUUGAAGCUACUGACACCGAAGACCCAAAUCUGAAUUACGGCCUUGUUGUGGACUGUGGCAGCAGUGGCUCCCGGAUUUUUGUUUAUUUUUGGCCAAGACAUAAUGGGAACCCCCAUGACUUGCUGGACAUCAAACAGAUGAGAGACCGCAACAGCCAACCAGUGGUUAAAAAAAUCAAGCCAGGAAUCUCUGCAAUGGCAGAUACUCCCGAACAUGCCAGUGAUUACCUUCGUCCUCUGCUGAGCUUUGCCGCUGCUCACGUGCCUGUGAAGAAGCACAAGGAGACGCCCCUUUACAUUCUCUGCACAGCGGGCAUGAGGCUCCUUCCUGAGAGGAAGCAGUUGGCUAUCUUGUCUGAUCUAGUGCAAGAUUUACCACUGGAGUUUGACUUCCUCUUUUCACAGUCUCAGGCCGAAGUGAUCUCUGGGAAGCAGGAAGGGGUUUAUGCAUGGAUUGGAAUCAACUUUGUUUUGGGAAGAUUUGACCAUGAGGAUGAAUCCGAUGCUGGAGCUCCCCAGGAGCUGGCAGCAGGACGCAGGAGGACAGUGGGGAUCCUGGAUAUGGGGGGAGCCUCUCUUCAGAUUGCUUAUGAAGUUCCUACCUCAGCCUCUGUCCUUCCUCCAAAAGAGGAAGACGCUGCAAAGAUCCUGCUGGCUGAGUUCAACCUGGGUUGUGAUGUGCAACACACCAAACACGUGUAUAGGGUUUACGUCACCACCUUUCUGGGUUUUGGGGGCAACUUUGCCCGACAGCGCUAUGAAGACCUUGUGCUGAAUGAAACUGUUAACAAAAACAGGUUGCUGGGCGAGAAGACAGGUCUGAGUACUGACAGUCCAUUUCUGGAUCCUUGCCUGCCUGUGGGACUCACCGAUGUGGUGGAGAGGAACAACCAGGUCCUGCAUGUCCGUGGAAAGGGAGACUGGGUGACUUGUGGGGCAAAGCUGAGCCCCCUGCUUGCCCGCCCCAACACCAGCCAGGCCUCACUGAAUGGCAUCUACCAAUCUCCAAUCGACUUCAACAACAGCGAGUUCUAUGGUUUCUCCGAGUUUUUUUACUGUACAGAGGACGUGUUGCGCAUCGGUGGCCGCUACCAUGGGCCAACAUUUGCCAAGGCUGCGCAGGAUUACUGCAGCAUGACUUGGUCAGUACUGACUCAGAGAUUCAGGAAUGGCCUUUAUUCACCACAUGCAGAUGAGCAUCGACUCAAAUACCAGUGUUUUAAAUCAGCUUGGAUGUACCAAGUUCUUCAUGAAGGAUUCCACUUUCCUUAUGACUACCCAAACCUACAGACAGCCCAGCUGGUAUACGACCGAGAGGUUCAGUGGACACUGGGAGCCAUUCUGUAUAAGACACGAUUCCUACCGCUCAGGGAUCUACGGCAGGAAGGUGUCCGGCAGGCCCAUAGUAGCUGGUUCCGUCUCUCUUUUGUCUACAACCACUGUCUCUUCUUUGCCUGUAUCCUGGUGGUGCUAUUGGCCAUCAUCCUGUACCUUCUGCGGCUGCGCCGAAUUCACCAUCGACAAACUCGAGCCUCAGCUCCAUUGAACUUGCUGUGGAUUGAAGAGGUGGUGCCCAUGAUGGGGGUACAGGUGGAGCCAUGAGCUGGGCAAGGGCUAUGGAAGCUUGAGUACCCCAGAGCUGCUGCUCAUCGGAUUUCAUCACUUUCUUGUACUGACUUCAGAUGCUGCUUUGCCUGACCAUGUGCAUUUUUGGCCUUGGAACUUCUACUUUAAUAUCUUCUUUAAUUCCUUCUCAAUCUCCAGGUCCUCUUAUCUAUGAGAAGCUGUAACUUAGUCUGUGAAGAACUAAAUAAUGAGAGAUUGGUGCUAACAAAGACGACCAACCUUAGUCCAAUCGAUCUGCUCCUUUAUCUGGGAGAUCUGGUGUGUUCCCAGGAUUUAGACUUUCCUCCCCAUGCUAAAGCAUGAAAUUUGGCAUUGGGCACACUAGAAGCCGGGCUGAAACCAAACUUGGGGCAUCUGAUACAAAGUCGAAGACAUCCUAGGAAGUGCAGCAUCCCCUUCUUUCUCUGUAACAGAGAUAUCAUUUAUGUGGAGACCCACAACCUUUACAAGAGAUCCAAGAUAAUUUGCAAUUCAGUGGAACAGUUAUGAAUUUGCAGGCAACCAAAAUAAUACAACUUCCUCGCUUCCUUGACAAAGAAGCCAUUAUGAACAUGGUCCAAGGUUCCUGACUUACUGUUGCUUGUGUUAGUAUGUGAUUUCAAAGGGUUAGAACCCCUUCUAAAUGGAUGGUCCAUUGAAGAUUUGACUGAGUCUUAUCUGAUGUAUUGUAUGAUCAGGAUAGAAAAUUUUUCUGUGUCUAUGUGCCUCAGAAGCUGGGCAUUAAUUUUUCUUUUUGAGCCUUGUAGGGUGGAGAGACUGUGGUAGGGACUGGAACCCUGGGUUUGGUUCCAGGUCAUUGUCCUCUAGGCCUGUUUUUAUUUUUUUUAUGGACUGAUUGGGGCAAUAUUGGUUAAUAAAAUUACAAAGGUUUCAGGUGCACAUCAUCUGUGUAUUGUAUUGUGUGUUCACCUAGCCUAAGUCUCCAGGCCUGUUUCUAUGAGUCUGUAUACAGGAAGAUUCAGGAGUUUGUUUAUUUCACUGCUAAGAUCAAUAUAUAGUUUGGGAAGAGAUAAUAUGUGGGUCGUCUUUCAAGGAAAGAACAAUUCUAGGAUAGUAGGCAAAAUAAAAUCCAAACUCUUAUUUACUAAGUCUUUCUGAGAAAUAGAAAAUUUUUCAACUAGAAUGUCUUAGAAGAAGCAAAUUCUAAACUUUGGAAUAAAUAGAUAAAUCUGUGAAUAAGCCACUUGGAAAUUUUCAGAACCUUUGUUAAGAGAUUUCUUAGUCCCAAACAGCAUCUCCAUUAACAAGGAGAGAGGAAAAGCUAUAAUAAUUACAUUUCCAUCCAUGACCCUUUGGGAGCUUUGCUCCACCUUCUCACUUACCCUUUAAACCACACAAGGAUUUCCUGUUCAUCAACUCCCCCCUUCCCUCACAGAAUCUUCUUCAUACUUUACCCCUUCCUAUGUGUAGCCUGGAGUGUCCUGCCCAGGAACAUGCUCCCAGAGUUGAAGGAACUUGCUUUUCUUUUUUUGUCAUCUGUGAUUUGUAAAAUUAGAUAAAUAGGGUUAUGGGCCUUGACUUUAAAGGGGGGGAAUAAAAUUCUUAAAAUAUAAGUUUCAUAUUGGCAGCAGAAGGAGUAAAAGAACUCAAGAUCCUCCUAGAAAUAAACAGAGGAAAAUGAGUAUACGGACUGUUGGUUGGUAGGUGAAAAUGAACAAAUCUUGAAUUGUUUCCAAGUUAGUUAAUGAUGGGUCGAACAAAGUGUCUAAAAGUGCCCUUUGGAAAUAUUUUUUAAGACUCAUCACAGCAAUUUCCAUUAAUUUUAAGACUUCUAAAUUGCCUUGAUUUUCUUUGACUUAUCUUUCUGUCUCUGUGAGUGAGCCUCGCCUUAUGAAUGCUGCUUACACGUGAUAUCAAAAUAUGUUUUUUUGCCCGCCAUUGCCUACUUGGGUGACUCUUUUCUCCUCACCUUGAUUUCCAAAUACUACUCGUAUUUUUCUUGUAGAUCUAGCCAGUGCUCUAGUCAAAAGCUUCGCAGUUGGCUAACUGUUAAACCUUUCAUGUCUCAAAAUGAAGUUGUAGCAGACAGCAGGUGGUGAUCAGUCCAACUCAAAAGCUCCUGUGAAGUCAUUCUUCGUCCUGGUCGUAACAGAACAGCCACCGUUUGUUAAGCACUCGUGUGCCAGACAUUCUGUUAAGAGUCUUAUGCAUCAAUCUGAUGACCUUGCAGACUGAUAUUACUGUGUUCUUUUUACAGUUGAGAGAUUCAGGAUACCUCUACUCAUCAUUUUUUCCCUGUAAUGUUUUUCAUAUUCUUAAUUUGAUCAGUCUGAUUUUUUGUUUGGUGUGCUAUAUCCUGAAUAUUAUUUUACUAUUAUAGGAUGUAGGCUCGUCUUUAUUACCAUGAAUAAAAUUUCUCAGAGUUCCAUGAUUUAAAAAUAUGAAACAAUUUUAUCACAGAUAAAAAUUUUAUUAAAAUCUUUUGAUAAAAAUUUUAUCAAAUUUUUACCCCUCAGACAAACUGAAUAGAUGAUCUUAGUAUUGGUUCCAGUGCUUCUCCAUUACUCCCAAUUAAUAACUUAAAUGAAAUCUCAUUAGCUAGAAACAGAAGCAAUUUAUUCCUUGCUGUGGGUGAGGGGCAAUUACUUAUAUACAGUUGUCAGCUUCAGAACUCAUUAAACCCUGUACUUGUUGCAUUUUGACCAAAAAAAAAAAGUUUCCUCAUUCUUCGGUUGCUCAGCACUCAUCAGGAGUUCUGAAUGAAUUCACGAUGAAUACUGAGGCGCCACUGUAUACAUUUUCUGUUAAUGAAAUAUUCUUGCUUGUAGAGUCAGUUUGUCUUGCUUUUAACUCUCUUUUAGCCCUCAUUUUCUUAAGAUUUUAAAAUAUUUCUAUUUGCAUUUCUGCCUUUUGAGUGCUUCUCCUGUGACUGUAAUCAUGUUCUUUGUAAAAUUCACAUUCCACCGGUUCCUUUGAAUCCUCUGAGCCAGACUCUGAUAAUAGUGACAAUGAACCUGAACUGAACUGGUUUAGUAUUUUCAUUAUUACUGAGACAGGUCACAGAUGUCAGAACCAGAGUCAUUGGCUUUAAGGGUAAUGUUUCAUUAGUCUUAUGAUGGCACAGCCCCGCACUUUUCUCUGAAUUCUUAUUACUAGGAUGUAAGGAAAAUAUGUGUAAUAUUUAUAUGGCAUUGUAUUCACUUAAGUUGCAACUAAAUCUAAGCAAAAUUAUAACCAUCUUUCAGUUACUUAGUUCCUUGAAUUGAUUUUCUUAAGUCAAGGAAAAUCAAUAGACUUGUAUUUGUUCUAAUGUCAUCUUAAGUAUUUUGACUUUCCCUUCUGCAGCCUAAGAGCUUCCUUUAACUCCAAAGACAGUGCUUAUUAAAAGGUGGUAGGAAUCUGCCACCCAUUGCUUAGCUAGUUUUUUUAGACAUUACCAUUUUCACAUCCAUAUUUACUUUUUUGAAAUAAAAUAACUUAUACUUCUCACAGGUGUUAUCUAAAUAGAUGGCCCUCCAUCCCUGUUCUCACAGUUGUGUGUUUGCUUUUUGUCAGGAGUGAGACAAGUGGGUGGUACGAUUUAGGGGAAGGAACAUCAGACUUUGUGCACAACAGACUUGUGUUCUAUUCCUGGUUUUGCCAUUAACUAGCUCUGGUGCUCCAGGCAAGUCACUUGCCCUCUUGGGCUCAUUUUUCAUCUAUAAAACGGUGGCUAGACAGACGACCUAAAGUGAGUUCCCUUUUUUAAAACAUUUUAAAAGUUGUUAUCCUAUUACAGUUAUCCCAAUUUUUCCCCUUUGCCCUCCUCUGCCCACCUUACCCCCACCCCCACAGUCAGUUCCAACCCUGUUGUCCAUGUCCAUGGGUCAUUCAUACAUGAUAUUUGCCUAGUCCCUUCCCCUUCUUUACACCAUUACCCCCUCCUUCCUGCCCUCUGGUCAUUGUCAGUCCGUUCCAUGUUUCCAUGCAUGUGGUUCUAUAUUGUUCAUUUAUUUUGUUCGUUAGGUUCCUCUAAUAGGUGAGAUCAUACGGUAUUUGUCUUUCACUGACUGGCUUAUUUCACUUAGUAUAAUUGUCUCCAGUUCCAUCCAUGCUGUCACAAAGGUAGAAAUUCCUUCUUUCUUUCUGCUGCAUAGUAUUCCGUUGUGUAAAUGUACCAGUUUUUUGAUUCAUUCAUUUACUGAUGGGCACUUAGGCUGUUUCUGGCAGACUUUAAUUCUAAAGGGAGACCCAUUGGCCUAAGGCACUAAAAGCAGGAGCGAAGCUAGACAAGUGAUACGGUUUCAGGAAGAUUUUGAUCUUUGGUUUAGAAGACCAGGCUGCCCAGGAGCCCAGGGUCAUCUCCUACUUUAUCCGUGACCCCUGACAUUCCCUGAUGGGAAGGGAGUUUCCCGUGGCUAUCAUUAAUACGUGUAUUUCAGAACAUGAGAUUUUAAAAGGAACUGUAGAGGUCCCUUGAAAUUGGGCCCCAGAGCAGUAGGAAUAUGUGCUGUUACUACACCAGCAGUAAUGACAGCUGCCACAAAAUGCUCAGGGACGGAACCUUCCCACAAACUGUAUUUUGAUAGACUCAACUGUAAUAAUUAGUUGGCUGCAGCUAAUCAUGCCCAGUCUUUGUAACUGCUUCUGAUACUCAUUUGUGAUUGCUUUGCUUGUAUUUAGGAAUAAAUAUGAAAGACUGCCAGAAACA